UUAUCGGAAGCUCGCCUGUUACUAGCACGACGUUGCACAUCCCCCAGUCCCCCAGUCCCAGUCCCUCCCCCCAUCCGCCUCGUUCUGGUUCGCCCUGGACGGGGCUGUGGCAUGAAGAAAAGUCCUAUCUUCGAAAGGCGUAACCAACACGACGAUGAUGCGGUUUAACAAGUCCCAUCUUGGCCGAGACUGUUUCACCCCUGGGACCACGUCUAACCUUUCGGAUUCCUUGCUCUGAUCCUGCGGCAACCCGGUUAUGACCGGAGCUGGUGCUGUGAAAACAGGCCUACUGCGCAUGUACCAGCGUACAGACCUACCUCUUCGUGUCUGGCGUGGAGGUUCAAGUCCGAGGCAUCGGUGUCUUACACCGCGAAGCGCACGAGCACUACACACACUCUCUCACACUCGCACACACAGCCGCACGCUCAUCUCCCCAAGAACGGAACGGCGCCGUCUCCUUUGGGAUCGGUGUACGAAGCACGGGUGUACGUGUCUUGUUUUGUUGGCCUGUCAUCUGUUUCAUCUUUGUCGUCAACGACGGGGCAAAACCCAGCGCGGUACGGGAGGAUUGUUGAUCUUCGUCGAACCCUUACUGCCGGGGCCAGCCACUGGACACUCGAGCUGUCGGCACUGGCCGGGCGGGUUCUACUGUUCUAGACGCCUUCUUCAGGACUCAGCUUGCCGGGGGUCGGACGCGCUCUUUCGUUGGAAAGACGAAAUGAGCGGUGUCGCCGUUGAGCCCGCGUGCCACGGUCCAAUGCUGGCAUGCCAAGUGCGGAAGGCGGCUGGACAUCGAUCCAGCAUCACAAAGCAGGCCCGAAUUAGUGUGGCCCCAGCAUUGCGAAGUAGACUAAUGGUAAUCACACACAGCAGCGCCAGCAGACGCGGCUCCGACGGGGAAGCGUCUUUCCCACGGUCGCCCUUGAUGGCUCUCGGGGGCUCUUCUGAGCUCUGCCUCAUCCCAAGCACCCCAAAUUCUACAGGUCUCAUCAUCCAUACUACUGACGGCUCCCCGCAAUUAUGUCAUGCAUCAUGGUUUCGCUGAAUCCUGGACCCUCCCGUAAUUUGGAGACCGGACCCUGCUCCACCAGCGCAAGCACACCAGCCAAAGCACCAACCAGCUGGCAAAAGACCAAGUCCUGGCCUCCGCUCGCCGUGCCGUC